GAGAGAGAGAGAAAGAGCGAGAGAGCCAGGCGCAGAGAAGAAGAAGAAGUGGUCACUGAUGUGAUUGAAGGACGGAACCUGGGAUACGGACAACAUAAGGUGACUCGAGCCACUUACGCGCCAGAAAGUGAGAAAGUGAGGGGAGAGAAGGGAGAGGAGACAGAGGAGGAGAGAGAGUGACAGUCAGAGUGAGAGGGAGGAAGCCAGGAAGCGACCUCCUACCCAACAACCUUGGAAGAGAACCCAUAAAAUGAAUUCAGACUCCAGCCCGAGCAGCAGAGCCUCUUCCCCGGGCAUGGACGGCAUGUUUCUCCGAGACCACCUCCCACAUCAUCACCAUCACCUCCACCACCUCCACGUAGGCUCCUCCGUGUCCUCCUCCACGCAGAGCGAGCAACUGCGCCAGAAGAUGAGCAGUGACCUGCUCGCCGGAGACCCCAAGUCAGUGGGAAGCAGCAGCAGCAGCAGCAGUAGCAGCAGCAGCAACAAGUACAAACUGAAGAAACAAGUCACCGAGGAGGAAAUGUACCAGCUCCGUCUCAAGAUCAACGGCCGGGAACGGAAGCGCAUGCAUGACCUCAACCUGGCAAUGGACGGCCUGCGCGAGGUGAUGCCCUACGCGCACGGGCCCUCGGUGCGGAAGUUGUCCAAGAUCGCCACGCUGCUUCUCGCCAGGAACUACAUACUGAUGCUUACCAGCUCCUUGGACGAGAUGAAGCGGCUGGUGGGGGAGAUUUACGGCGGCCAACACUCGGCCUUCCACUGCGGCACCGUGGCGCACCCCGCCAGCGCCGGUGGACACUCCGGGGGCCCUGCCGCUGCAGCCGCCGCCGCCGCUGCCGCAGCAGCAGCAGCGCACCAGGUGCAUCCUCUCCUCGGGAGCGCGCUGUCCACCUCCACAUCCUCCACUCUGUCGAGCGCGCUCCCGGGGCUCACUUCUAUCCGGGCACCACACUCCCUGAUGAAAGGUUCCCCGGCUGCGCCCCCGGCCUUACAGCUGGGUUCCGGCUUCCAGCACUGGGCCGGACUGCCGUGUCCUUGCACCAUCUGUCAGGUUCCCCCUCCCACGCACAUCCCCAUCACCUCCACCGGCCUCACGAGACUCACGGGGGAGGGCAAGGACGGGAUGAAAUGAUGCCCGGACUGUCUGCUGUGACAGACGCGCAUGGACUGACAUGUUUGUAAAUAGACACCUGACUGAGGGCAUGAUGAUGGGGAUUCAGCCUCACUGCUGCAUGCUGUAAUAGUCUGUUUUCUUGUGUGGUGUAAAUGAGAAAUAGACAAUGUUAUUUUCUACCUUGUAACAAGGACUUCUAUGACGACUGAUGACUUUGUUUCACCAGUUUAUGGUGAAACAAAGUUCUGUGUUUAAUGCAACAAGGUUCCACGAGCCUCCUGUGUGUGUGUGUGUGUCACGCGCCACAGUGUGACAGAUGACGGAGGCUGUUGCAUGAACAUUUUCAUUUCAUUUGACUCUUUCUUUGUAUCGUCAUUUUGUGAAAACGAAGAAUGCUCACUGUGCCUUGUACCAAGGAUUUUUUGUUUGUUUUUAAACUUGAGUUCUCUGUAUGAAAAUAAAUGUGUGGGCUAAAAGUUUCUGCCACGGCAAGACAUUUGUAUUGAAAUCUAAGUUUUAGAUGUAUUUCUUUUAUGAUUGUUUUAUUUUGUAAGUCAUUAUUUGUUCACUCGUGCUCUUCUUUUCAGGUUUUAAUUCUGUAUUUUAUUUGUGCAUGGUUGUCACAGCAUGGUUGUUUUUUGCUGAAUUGAAUUUGUUAUGCUCAGAGACCCCGUGUCUUUAUUUUUGUACAUUGUUGAUGACUAAUGAAAUAUUUAUUAUCGCCCAGCGUCCCUGGAUGGAGUUUCAAUAAAACUGAAAUUAUCGAUCA